AUGAGGAGGGCUAACGGAAGUGGUCACUACUAUCAACCACUCUCGCAGUACAGUGAUCAGGACACAGUGGAACAACAGAAUGAUGCCCUGGCUGAUGAGCUGAAAGGCAAAGUACAGAUGCUGAAAUCACUGUCAUUAAAUAUCGGCGAUGAAGUGAAAUAUCAAGACAGAUUAUUGCGUGAGGUGGAUGAUGACUUUGAGAAGACUGGCUAUGUUACAUUACCAUUUAUAGCAAUUUAUGAGGGUCAGUCAAAUGAAAAUGGGUCACCAUGCAUAACUCACAUGGUGCACAAGUUGGUAACACUGGAAUUUGCUUACGGUACAGACAUGUGGUGGGGACUUGGGAAAGCACAGUGA